AUGAUGACGACGUGCCGUCUGCUGUGCGCCCUGUUGGUGCUCGCCCUGUGCUGCCGCCCGUCCGUGUGCGGGACAGCAAAUGAUAUUCAAUUGUCAAAAAAAUCCAGUAUGCCGCCCACACCACCAAAGAAUCCUGAGGGUAAACCCGAUGACGGUCAGGAUUCAGUGGAAAAACCCGUUUCGACACAGCGACCAGGUAAGGUCAUUGUGGGAGUGGAACCAGUUGUGUCGUCUACUAAGCAGGGAGUUACAAGUGCGUCUGAUCAGUCAGGGAAAGAUGGUGAGAACACCAAUCUGAUAGGUUCAAAGGUUAAUUCCGGUAAUUCGGUGGUACGUAAUUCAGAAAAUAAUACGGAAUUGUCAGAACCUAAUGAAGAGGUUAAGUUACAGAUACCAAAUACAACUACGACCACUACGACAAAGGCACCCACUACAACUACGACUACGACCACUACGACCACCACUGCGCCAGAGGCACCAAGUACUACAACCACAGAGGCGCCAACCACGACGACCACCCGCGCACCGUCGCGUCUUCGCAGGAUCGACGGCAGCCUCAGCAGCUCUGCGUGGGUGUGUGCCCCGCUGCUGCUCGCCGCAUCCGCGCUGGCGUACACCACUCUGUGCUGA